GUAGCUUGCAUGCAACUCAUCAAUGCUCUCGUUACAUCUCCUGAUGACUUGGACUUUAGGCUUCACAUCAGAAACGAAUUUAUGCGCAGUGGAUUGAAAGAUAUAUUGCCACAACUGAAAUGUAUAAAGAAUGAAGCACUAGAUAUUCAGCUGAAAGUGUUCAUUGAGCAUAAGGAAGAAGACAUGAUUGAAUUCUCUCAUCGUUUAGAAGACAUUAGAUCUGAACUAGAUGAAGUAAAUGAUGUCUACAACAUGGUGUGGAAUACAGUUAAGGACACUAGUGCUGAAGGAUAUUUUCUUUCUAUUCUCCAACAUCUUUUACUGAUAAGAAAUGAUUAUUUUAUCCGUCCACAGUAUUUCAAAUUAAUUGAAGAGUGUGUGUCGCAGAUAGUGUUACAUCGAAAUGGAACAGACCCAGAUUUCACGUAUCGUAAAAGGUUAGAUGUCAAUUUCAGCCACUUACUAGAUAUUUGUGUAGAUAAAGCAAGAUUAGAAGAAUGUGAAGAGAGAGCUUCUGAACUUACCAAAAAAUUUGAAAAAGAUUUUGUAGCUCAUCAGGAGACACAGGCCCUACUGCAAAAGAAAGAAGAAAGAAUCAAUGAGCUUGAGAGAGAAUUACAAGCUUUUAAAUCACAGUAUGGCUCUUUGCCACCUGGUUUUCUACCAUCAACAUGUGGAGAUGCAUCUGUCAUUCCACUGGAAGGUGCAGCACCACAUCAACUUCCGCCACCUCCUCCUCCGCCGCUGCCUUCUAACGGAGUAAUUCCACCACCACCGCCUCCCCCUCCUCCUCCUCCUCCACUUCUUAGUGGCAUUGGAGUUCUGGCUUUUGGUGGUGCACCUCCAGCACCGCCUCUACCAGGCCUGCCUGGAAUGCAGUGGUCUCCGCCUGCGUGUGCUUUGCCGUUUGGAAUGAAGCCUAAAAAAGAAUUCAGACCUGAGGUUACGAUGAAAAGACUCAACUGGUCCAAGAUCAGGCCUCAGGAAAUGACAGAAUCCUGUUUUUGGGUUAAGGCAGAAGAGGACAAGUAUGAGAAUGCCGACAUGCUUUGCAAAUUGGAACUUACAUUUUGUUGUCAAAAAAGAG